UGAUGGCGAUUACGCUUUGUGCGUAGUUUCGGUGAUUUUAACAAAUGUAGUUGUUGCCCCAUUGGUGAAACUACUCUAUAAUCCUUCAAGGCAAUACAAUACUUUGAAAAGAAGCACCAUCCAACAUUGCAGGCGAGAUUCAGAAUUUCGGAUGCUGGUCUGCAUCCACAAACGUGACAAUGUCCCUGCAAUCAUAAACCUUCUAGAAAUAUCACACGCCACAGAAGAGAGCCCUAUAGCAGUCAUUGGCUUGGUGCUCGUCAAGAUUGAGGGACGAGCUGCCCCAAUCCUAAUAGAAAACAGCGGGAAAGGAGUCCCGGAGACAGAAUCAUCCAGUACAACCAGCAUCCUCAAUGCCUUAAGGAACUAUGAGCAAAAUCAUCGGAACUCCUCCACCGUCCAAUCAUUCACCUCAAUCACGCAUUUUGAAACAAUGCAUGAUGAUAUUUGUCGUCUGGCAAUGAACAAGAGAGCCACUAUUGUAAUCAUGCCGUUUCAUAAGAAAUGGGCCAUCGAUGGCUCCAUCGAAUCUACAAACCGUUCUAUCCAACAAAUGAACCGCAAUGUCCUCAAAAACGCUCCAUGUUCUGUUGGAAUUCUCAUUAACCGUGGAAUCUUAAACGGGUCAUUGUCUGUUCUGAAUGGUAGGUUGUUGUUCAAUGUUGCUGUUCUAUUCUUUGGCGGCCCAGAUGACGCGGAGUCACUAGCUUAUGGAGCUCGCAUGGUGAGACAUGGAUGUGUAAAGAUAACAGUCGUGAACUUUCUUCUCUUUGGAAAUGCAAACAGUAAAGAAAGGAAGCGAGACAGCGAUUUAAUCAAUGAAUAUCGAAAAGGUAACUUGGGAAAUCAGCAAUUUUUGUAUUUCGAAGAAGUGGUAAGAGAUGGGGUAGAGCUCGCUGGAUGUCUGGCAAAGAUGGUGGGUUGUUUUGAUUUAGUUUUAGUGGGGAAAUAUCAUCAGAAGUCUCCUCUAUUUAGAGGCCUUGAAGAGUGGAGUGAGUGCCCUGAGCUAGGGGUCAUUGGCGAUAUGCUUGCUUCACCAGAUUUUGAGUGCACUGCAUCAGUCUUAGUCGUUCAGCAGCCAAGAAUGAGAGUGAACGAAACGGAACCGCUUAUUCAUGAAGCUCCAGAUGAUAACAGAGUAUGCCUUUCGAUGGAGAGAAGGAAUCAGAGAAUAUUUUAGGAGGUCAUUAUUGUUGUUAUUAUUAUUAUUAGUUUUUAAGCUUGACAUGUUGCUCCCAGCUAGAAGAGCAAAUUGGACCUUUCACACAAUUUAAUAAAUAUAUAAAUAUGCAGUUAAAAAACAAGAAGAAGAACCCAUAAACUGAGAAGAGAUGAAACCGAAAGAAAGAAAGAGAGGAAGAAGGAAAGAAAGAGAAAGGGAAGAGAUGGAUACUUUGAUAUACAUGAUUGUUUGUUGUUGAAUUAUGUUUUUGAA